AUGUCGAUAAUCAAUUAAACCUGCAUUAAGUGCAUUUAAAUAUCCAAGGUCAAGCAAAUCAGAAUCUAACAGACAAAACUUAAACAGUUUGACGACGAUAAGAAAUUCCUGUAAAACCGGUUGUGAUAACUCCCUAGCCUAUAGCACAAUUUCAGUAUUUUUUAUCUCACUUCCACUCUUUGUUAAUACGCUACAAGCUUUGGUUCACUGGCAGUUGACUUCGAUUGGAACAGUGACGAUAUUGUGACGACACACAUAAGAGAGUUCAUAUGGUUUUAACCUAAAUAAUCAAAAAACCGUUGGCAUUUAAUGACAACAAUUCUCUGAGUGAGGUUGGAACGAAUUCAAGAAUUUUAUUGUAAAAAAAAAAAAAGAAAAGAAAAAGAAUUACCAUUAAAACAAUUGAUAAUUUAUUUUCUGAAUAAAUUAAUUAUUUAAAUAAUUAUUUUAUCAACAAAUUAAAUAGUUUCGAAAAUGGAUAACAGCUGAGAGAAUAAAAGCAGUUGUGUCGGCUAGUGUUGUGACGUGUGUUCUAAAAGAAAAAUCAAUAAAUGAGUUGAAUGAAGUUAACGUUGUUGUUGUUGUUAUUGUUUUUUUUCUUGUUCACAUAUUUAUAAUUAUUUUGUUUGUUACACUUUAAAAAACAAGUGGCAUAAUUCAGUUGAUAUAAUCAGUUAUCAUAUAGCCUUGUAAUUAAAAUGAUUAAUCUAUAAAAAUAUAUAACUAUUUUUAUAAAUAGAAAAUAAUUAUUUAUUUUCAUAUCAUUAUUUUAUAUAUCAAGUGUUUAAUAAUAUUUUAUACUCUUCAAUUUUAAAUUAUUCAGUGCUCAAAAAAUCAUUAAUUAUGGCAGGAUACGUUAGAUUUAUGUUUGCAAUAAUGCUGUGCAUUGCAAAUAUGAUAAUAUAUGGGUUAAAAGUAAACAUAUCAACGACGAUAAUAGGGAUGGUUAAAUUAAAUAAAAAUGGCACGAGUACUCAAUCGUUAGAAUGUCCGGAAUUUGAGAAUGGGAACAUGACAAGUACACCGACUGACCUCGAGGGUCCUUACGAGUGGACAUCUGUGGAACAAGGUCUAGUUGUCAGCCUUUACUUUGCUGGCUACAUGCUGGGCAUGUUUCCAGCAGGAUAUUUUGCUGAUAGAUUCAAUACCAAGUGGGUCUUGCUAAUCUCCGUAUUCAGCAGUUCAAUUUUCACCCUAUUGAUACCCGUAGCGGCUCAAUCAAUUGGGGUACUUUUAUUCCUACGCUUCCUAACUGGUCUAGUAAGUGCAGCUAAUCUUCCAGUGGUGAAUGUGCUAGUGGGCAAAUGGAUGGUCUAUGAAGAGAAGAGUACCUGGGUAGCAAUCAUCAAUGCUGGAACAUCACUAGGAACUGUCAUUUCUAUCCUCUCAUCAGGUCUUAUUAUGCACGAUUUCGGAUGGGAAGCUGUGUUUUAUAUUCACGGUAUUUUACCACUCAUUUGGUGCAUCGCAUUUGCUGUGUUCUUUGCCGAUAAUCCGGAAACCCAGAAGUUGAUAAGCACUGCUGAAAGAGACUUGAUUGUCAAUUCUUAUGGUCAUCGACACUUACAAACCAAGAAACCCGUUGUUCCUUGGAGGAGUAUCUUCACAUCUACACCCUUCUGGGCAUUAGUUGCUACCAAUUGUCUAGGCAAUUUCAUCUGGUAUUUCAUGCUCACAACAUUGCCACGUUAUAUGAAUGCCGUGCUGAGGUUUGACAUCAGAAAGAAUGCUGUACUAAGUUGUAUUCCAUACUUAAUAAAUGCUAUAACAAACCCUCUGAUUGGAAAAGUCCUUGACAUUGGUCGUCAAAAAGGCUACUGGUCACAAACAGCUGGAAGGAAAGUUGCUGUUGGUAUCAGUUGUAUUCCUCCAAGUAUUCUGAUGAUUGUCAUCGCCUACCUUGGAUGUGAACGUACUACUUCAGUGGCUCUCCUUAUUUUAAGCAUCGUAAUUGGUGGUGCAAUAUUUGUUGGUCAUUUGACGAAUCAGAAUGACUUAGCACCUAAUUAUGCUGGCAUUCUGAUGGGCAUCACAAACACACCUGGAACUAUAUCUGCUUUUGUAUUACCAGGACUUGUUGGUGCUCUAACUGAUAAUGGGAAUAACACUUUUGAACGAUGGAGAUACGUCUUCUGGAUCAGUGUAGUUGCUCAAGUACUUGCAUUUAUAAUAUUUACAAUCUUUGGAUCUGCUAAAAUUCAAGACUGGAAUUAUCCUGAUGGUAAACCACCUAUUGAGAAUGGAAAAAGGACUUCUGAAGAGGAAGAAGUCACUUCUAAAAUGAUCUGAUAAUAAAGAUUAACAUUAGAAACUCAACAUGUACAGUUUUUAAAUAACAAAUAAAAUUUUUAAUAAUUCUAUAAUCA